UGCAAUUCACUUCAAGUCCUAAGCAAUAUGGAUACUCCGGUAAUAAGAAUUGCAAUAUUGAUAGUCAAUGUUCUGUUAUCAAACAUGGCUUCCGCUGAGGAACCGAAAUGUUAUUCAAGGUUCGAUUACGAUGAGAAAAUGAUUGAGAAAAUGAUCAGAGCUGAAAUUAAACUGGAAGAGUUUGCUAAAAGAAUGGAUUUGAAUGAUGCAACGUUGGGUGAUAUAAGAACUGAUUUUCGAAAUGAGAUUCAAUCGACGAAAGAGGAUAUCUCGAUGAAUUUAAAUGACUUUAUUGAGAAAUAUGUUGCAAAUACAACAGACGGCGGGUGGUCGGAUUGGACUUCCUGGAAUAGAUGUCCAGUUACGUGUGGCAUUUCUAUGGUUACGAGAUCGAGAUCAUGUGACAACCCUACUCCUAGAAUGUUCGGUAGACAGUGUGUGGGAAACGACCAGGAAUGGAAAACUUGUGAAGUUCAAAAAUGUCCAGGUCACACUGAGAAGAUAGCGUUUUAUGCUACGAUUACGGCCGACAUAUUUCCAACGAAAGCUAACAUCCCAUUGAAGUUUACCCAUGUGGUAACCAACGUCGGCGGUGGGUACGAGCCAACAACCGGAUACUUUACAGCCCCAACCGACGGCCUAUUUGUAUUUUCCCUGACUGUCAGACAAUACGGAUAUUCAUCGUAUGGGUAUGAAGGACAGUUUAGCAUCAAGAAAGGAGAUACCGUUGUAAUGAAAGUCUAUCCCGAUAUGCAUAGUAAGAAUAAUGAGUACGACACUGCUUCAGGAACAGCCGUGCUGGAAUUAAGUAAGGAGGACACCGUAUAUGUAGUUGCAGAUGAUAGUGGUAAAGCAAUUAUAGGCAUUGAAGAGUUUAGUUCAUAUUUCUCUGGGUAUCGGAUUUGGUAAAAAACGUAUGGCAGAAAGCUCAACGAUCUUUUCAUGAAACAAAUUGAUGUUACUAAGACAAUUAUGAUGAUCUGAGAUUAUUUGUCGCAAAAAUGUUUUUGAAGGCAAAAAGCAAACCUAGACGACCUUUUUUCCUUCGAAAAGGUAUUAGAAAGAGGAAAAGGAAAACAAAAAAAACUACGAUAGUUUAAAUCAAUGACAAACAUGUCAUUAAGUUAUCGCUUUGACGAAAAGGGUCAGCAUACACAAAACAGAUAAAUGCGUCUUUACUCAGUUUACAAGUCAUACACUUUUCAAUUGUUCCAACGAUGUUUAACAAUGGAUUUAUACAUUGUACAAACGCGAAAGACUACAUUUAAAAUGAAGAUUUAGUCAACAUCCAAAACAUUAAGUAUAUUCUUAUAAAACAUUAAACUAGAUAAACAACCGCAUUAGGCAUCAUACUGAUUUCAAAUGGGAAGCCGCCUUGUAAUUCGCAAUAAAAUUACAUUAUAGGGACAUUUUCUGUUUAUUCGAAAUAUUUGUAAUAUUUCUAUGUAUGAUACAAAUUACUUACAUACAGUAUGCUCUGUAUCAAAAACAAGCCCAAUGGCUUUAUAAAGAAAACGCGUAAAGGCUGUACACGCGACAUGCCAAAUUUUAAUUUUCUUUAAAAUUCUGAUCACUAGCAGUACAAAUCGAAUCCCCACUUAAGUUUGAGUGGCCCCAAAGAGUAACCGAUAAAUGCUUGUCAUUAUCUAACAAUGUAAAAAUGUAAAUGUAAACCCAAUAUAAGUACAGGAGGUUUUGACAAUUUUUGGUAGGUAAUAAAAUGCAGGUUUUUUCUGUCAACACAUUUCAAUUUUCUACGUAAUUAUCUAUAAUAAUCUAUUUCCCGCGGUUCAUCGCCAAUAUUUAUUUAAAAGCUUGUGCUUUCAAAUUCAUAUUUGCGUUGCAAUAUUAUGAACGUAUUUUAAUAAAGUGGUCUUUUAAUUCGCAUUUUUUAAACCGCAUACUUCUACACGUCCCCUUUUGUAACCCGGCGUAAAAAAGUAGAUCUGGCGAAACUUGAUUUUAAAAUUGCGGUACAAAAUUAUGUAGGCUUGCAGUCUACAGCCUACGGCCUACAGCCUUAACAUGAAUAUCUGUCUUUUUUACACUCACAUCGUUUAAUAUUUUAUGGGCUAGCCUAAAUCUAGCAAACCAAUUACAAUAUGAUCAUUGAUAUAUCUAUAGCCGGCCGCAUAACCUUGGCUAAUUCCUCAAACAAUGCCAACUUAUUCAACAACCAUGAUUAUCCAUGAAACGUCCCUACAACCAUGGCUUAAAUGCUGUCACUUAUUUGUAUGUGACGUUAUUUGAUAGACAUCAGUAUGUAGCAUUAAGGUGUUGGUUUCCUUAUAAAUAGGGAAAGCCGCCUAAUGAUUAAUAAACUUUAACAACAGUUUUAAAGUAUCCAUGUUUACAAUUGUUUACAUUGGUAUGAAAAUUGAGAUGAAAUGGGUGCACGAGUUCUUGUGUACUGGAUUAGAAAAGUAUCGGUGAAUAGUCUGAAGUUAUAUGUGUUUUUAAUAAAUUAAAAAAAAAUCCUUUUUGUGUGCCUGAGUAUUCUCUAGUAGUGUCCAAUUGUAUAUGUGCAUAGCAAGCGUUUAUGUUCUCGUGUACCGGAUUGAAAAAAAAACGUUUGUUUUUUUAGUAGUGUCAAAUAAUAUAUGUACAUAAUAGAAUUAUAUUUAUAUUUUGCGUACCGGAUUGAAAUCAGUAUCCUCGCAAUUUUGAUAUUAAGUGCUCAACCGUUGAGUGUAUAACGAGUUUAUAUUGUUUGGUUUUUGUAUACCCGAUUAAAUACGGAUUUUUGAGUAGUGCUUAAUCAUGUGUGCGUAACUAGCUUAUAUUUUGUGAUAUGAACCGUAUUGAAAUGCGUAUCGUUGAGUUAUUUCAUAUCAUAUUUAUGCAUAACGAGCUUUUAUUUGGUACAUUCAGCCGAGUGCCUGUUUACCACCUACGCGCCUGGUUAUUGUUUUUUUUACAUAAUCUAUAUUAAAGUUAUGCCUUCAUUUUUUCUAAAUAUGAUGCUUUCUGAGUUAUAAUAUUAUGGUAGCUUAACAUGUUUACGAAUUACGAACUGUGUAUGCUGUAAUAUAUUUUGGCAGGAAGGAAUUAAUAACACGCAUAUGGUUAAUAACUGAUUACAUCAUAUAUUGCUUUAAAUGAAUUUUGUAACCUAACACAUUGCAAUAGCCUUAUUUGUUGUGUUAUUUCAAUGAUUUUUGGACAUCGGACACCUUAAAGAUGCACUUUUCGUCCCAAAUAAAAUUCACCACAAUUAAUACAAUAGUUUAAAUAUACCAGACAGGAUAGAUAAAUGUCGAAAACAACGGUUAUUAUGAAAGAUUUCGGGUUUAAUUUGAAAGAAAUGUGCAGAAAACACGGUAUUUCUACCUUAUGAGACUACAUUAGAUCACUGUAAAUCGUUUAGCAUUCACAAAUCAUAUAAUAUUUUUGGGUUUUAAGUUAUCAAAUACACGGCUACAAUCUUGUUACCAGUAAUUAAUAUUUUUCAUAAAUGCACUAUUGACUAAGUUGUUAAAGGUUUAUUACUCAAAAUGUAUGUUUGUUAUACAUAUGUAUAAAUUGAUUUUGAAUAAGAGUGUCACUUUAGGCAAAUUUGCUUAAUGUGUUUAUAAGACCUUCUUCGUUUGUAAAUAUAGUAGAUCGAACGAUUUAUAGUAUUUACCAUUUAUAAAGUCCUUCGAACUCAUUUAAAAAAAAAAACGCACACAUUUGUGUACGCUUUUUGAACGAUUUUGUUAAUAAUAUUACUAAUGUAGUGUAUAUGUAAGUGUAUUUAAGGAUUGAUCACAUUUUUAAGUUGUAUGCGUUUAUACAGCACAAACGCAAGAGAGAAAAUGCUAUCAAUACUUAUGUCUACAGUUAAAAAUAAAUUCAUGGCGAUUAAAAUCAGCAGUAUAUUCUGCAAUUUAACAUUUGUUAUUAAUACGAAUAAUCGACAGCAUACAUACAAGAGUAGCUUAUAUUUGUAACUUCGUAUAUUAAUGCUAAAUGACAUCUUUAUGACAAAAGAAAUUGCUUGCCAACUUUUUAAAAUAUCGUCUAUUAUAAAGAAUUGUUAAAUCGUUAUUGUUAUUGCCUAUAUUGUAAUUAAUGUUUGUGUUAAUAUAUGGCUUAUCGUUAACUGGCGAUUCCGGAAAAAGAAAAAUAUAUAAGUUGGCAUCAAAGGUGUGCUAUUUAAAGUCGGGGAUAUUUCAGUCAAUUGUACAUCCAUAAAUCGUUAUUUGUAAUGAUGUAACAAUAUACAAUAAAAUAUUACCAGACUAAUAUUAUUGACAAACUUUGUUCAUGUAAGUGAUGAGGUACCUUUGUUUAUAUGCAUAUAUAUGUUUGACAUGCUAUUCAGUGUUCUCGGUUUGAUAUAAUCACCACGUAUAAUUCUGCAUUUAACAGAUAUUGCUAUAUUACAACACAGGGGAGUAACACGUGAUCGCUAUAGUACAUUGGUCGAACAAGAUGGCGAAUAAUUCGCCCGCUUCAACGUAUAAUUUCGACAUUUACGGAUGGUGAAUAUUAAAGUAGAAUCUUUAGAAAAGGCGCAGAGUACCCGCACACUAAACAGUUUAUUCGCGUGUUUUUUUUGUUUUUCGGAAGAUUGCUCAGUUUAAGCCUGAAACUCGAUACAAAUUUUAUUUCUGUGCGUUCAUUGUCCGUAUAAGUCUGAAUUCCGUGUGUUUCAGCGCAAAAAGCGUGAAAAGGUGAAUUUAACAAAUGUCUACAAAAUAUAUUGAUUAAAUUUGCAAAUGCAUACCUCGUUGUAAUUUUCAAGUGAAAGUUACGUGUUUAACAAAAGUUCUGGACAGUUUUCAAAUCGAGAACAAUGUCCGUACAAAACAGUUAUGAGUACAUUGUCCGAACGAUUGUCGUAAUUUUACGUUGAAGCGGGCAAAAUACUUGCCAUCUUAUUCGGCCAAUGUACUAUAGCAAUCACGUGAUACUCCCCUGUAUUACAAUAUCAUUCACAUGUUUGA